AGACAGCUAAAAGCUCAGCAGCAGAGAGGACCAGCUUCCCAGGAGCUCACAGCUUUGAAGACAGAGAAUGCCAAUGCCUCCCUGCUUCCUGAGAAUGGGAAUAAGAAGGCAGCACUGCCAGAGGAGUGGACAGACAGUGCGAGAUUCCUCCAAGGCCAGGAGGAGGAGGAGCAACUACGGGAUGCUGGCCAGGCAAGCACUGCAAGCUUCACCCAGGGUGCUAACAUCCAGGUGGAAAAGGGAAAAGAGCUGGAGCUGAAGGAGGAGUUGGAUGCCCUGAGGAGAGAGCAUACAGAGACCCUGCAAGAGCUCCAGAGAGCACACGAGCAGGAGAAGCUGCUACUGGUAGAGUCUCACCACAGGUCCCAGGCAGCCUUACAGGAGACAAUCGAAGCACUGAAUUCCCAGCUGAAAACCUUCCAUGAGAGGAUGAAACGGGUGAAGGAGUCACUCUUGAGCACUGACUACAAGAAGCACAUCCAGGAGCAUGGAAGUCCCGGCCCUUUCUGGGAGCAGGAGCUGGAGAGCCUGCACUUUGUCAUCGAGAUGAAGAAUGAGCACAUACAUGGCCUGGACAAGAAGCUGCUGCACCUGGAGACUGUGGCGGAGAAGAACCUUCUGCUGGAGGAGAAGGUUAAGACUCUCCAGCAGGAGAACGAGGACCUGCAAGUUCGCACCCAGAACCACUUGGUCAUGGCAAGGCAGCUGUCGGAGGAGCUGCAGGCUGCCCGCGGGGCACUGGACAAGGAGGCACAGCUGCGGGAUCAAGCUUGCCGUGAGAAGGAGGAGCUGCUGUACCGUGUGCUCAACGGAGGGGAUGGCAGCCCCUUCUCCAUGGCUGCCAGCGAGGUGCCCCUCAUCGCCACGUAG